UUUCGGCAUAAGAUUGAUGUCCCUUAGAUUAACACCCUCGCUUCACGUGGAGCUGUCAAGACCCACACAACUUUGCAGGAGCUGAAGAACAGUUCAUAUUAAUUCUGCUGAAGAGCAGUGUUCAGUACUCAGUAAUGGCAACUCUAAGAGAUGCAGAAGAAGAUAGAAGAGACAUCUCCUUGACCUCAACUGAUGAUCAUGAUGGGUAUUUUUCCAGUUAUGCUGACCCCUACGUGCAUGAAGUCAUGCUCCGGGACUGGCCACGCAUGGCAUCAUAUAAAAGAUUCUUUGAGAAUAAUGCCCAUCUCAUCAGAGAUAAAGUUGUUAUGGAUGUUGGUGCUGGAACUGGCAUCCUGUCUCUGUUUGCAGCAUCAGCAGGAGUACGUAAAGUCUAUGCUAUUGAAGCUAGUAACAUUGCUGCACUUUGCCAAAAGAUAGUAGAGCAAAAUGGAUUUAAGGAUAAAAUAGAGGUGAUUCAGUCCACAGUGGAGGAUCUACAGCUGGGAGAUGAUGUCAAAAUGGACGUCAUUGUAUCAGAAUGGAUGGGUUUUUAUCUGUUGCAUGAAUCCAUGCUGGAUUCUGUUAUUGUUGCUAGAGACCGCUUUUUGGCAGAAGAUGGGAUAAUGGUGCCUUCUCGUGCUUCACUAUUUCUUGCACCUGUCAACAUGGAGAUUUUUCUGGAAGAUAAAUUAGAGUUUUGGAAUAAUAUCUGUGGCUUUGAUUUUACACCAGCCAUUCCAUAUGUUCAACAUAGGCUGCUGCGGGAACCAGUCACUACAAAACUGGAGCAGCACCAGGUCCUUGCAUCUCCACAGACUGUUGCAGAGUUUGAUCUCAAUACUGUAACACUUGUUGAAGUGCAGGCAGUGUCUCGGUGUCUAACAUUCAAAGCUGAAAAAAGUUCCACUGUCCAUGGCUUUGUAUUAUGGUUUGAUGUGGAUUUUGCUGUGAAACAAGGAAGCCCAUUAAAAAACACUAACUCGCAGUCAUCUGAUGGUGUGAAUUCACAAUUGCCAGAGGUCCACAAUUGGACAGUUAUCUCCCCUUCUAUUUUAAGUACAUCUCCAGCAAGUCCUGAAACACACUGGAAACAGACUGUCAUAAUCCUUCCACAGGCUGUGUCUGUGGAUGCUAAUGAUGCAAUUGGAUGUCGUGUAGACCUUGAACAAGAUACCACAAACAAGCGACAUUAUAACAUCACUUUAGAACUGGUAGGAGAGGACAUGAAUGAGGAAACCACUGAUGACAGCAUAGAAUCUGAUGGAGAGGAUCAUCCAGUGCCCUGUGAAUGUGAGCAUGCAAAAUGUCGGUUAAUCAGAGCAUUGAUGGAAAAGUAUGAUCAGGAACACGAUGCCCUAGAGAACGAGGCAAAGGUCACAGAUAUCACUGCAGAAAUGGAGGCAGCAGACACAGUUGGUGCUGAGAUAGAGAAAGAUAGUGCUCUGUAGGUCACUGCGUGAAACAAGCUGCACUGAGAAAUUUGUAAUUUUUUACUUGUGUUUUAGAUUUUGGUUCCUGCCAGUGAAACUUGAAGGUGGCAGGUUUUUCACUUCUAAGCAUCUUCAAGCCAGUCCUGAGAGAUUCUUGGAAUGAGAACCAUUGCAAAGCUAUACAAUAGUUUUCUUUGAAAAUGUCAUUAAAAUCUGUUAAACUGUU